AUGGAUUUUUGUGACCCUCACCCCAACACACACGGGCACCGCCUGCGAGCCCACCACUCAGGCAGGCAGCUCUGCUCCGUGACACUUGGGAAGAGGGCCACAAGCAGACGGAAGGGAAUAGUUAGCGGAUGGAAGCAGAUGAGGCCAAUAUCAAUGUUGGUAGGAGGGGUCCUGGUGGUACUGGUGUUCAUGGCGUUUGUGUGGGUAUCGCACAACAAGGAUAUACUCCGCAGGCUGAAGAAGCAGUACCCCACCACAUUUGUAGUGGUCAUCAUGCUGUCUAGCUACUUCUUGAUCUCCUAUCUGGGAGAUGUCAUGGUGUUCAUGUUUGGGAUCACGCUUCCUCUCCUCUUGAUGUUUGUCCAUGCUUCUCUGAGGCUCCGGAACAUAAAGAACAAGCUGGAGAACAAGAUGGAAGGAAUAGGCUUGAAGAAGACCCCGAUGGGCAUCAUACUGGAUGCUCUAGAACAGCAAGAGGAUAGUAUCAACAAACUGGCUGACUACAUAUCGAAAGUGAAGGAGUAAGCAGUUGCAACAGGGCGUUUUUACCUGUUGCAGGAGUGUGGUUGCUAUUUACUAUUGUUUAAGCUUGCUUUCAGUUUGUGUACAAAGCAGGAAAUACACGUGGUACAGAUUAAUAGUUGCAGGAUACAGGUAUUCCAAGGUCUUCAGGGCUUCUCUAAGAACAUAAGAGCAGCAACUUUUUUCUAUCAUAUAGCAAAAUGUUCUGGUGUUUACACAAAUACGUACUAACUUAAAUGUGUUUGCUUGUCUCUUCUUCUGGGGGGGUAGAGGAGGAAGAGAUGGAAAGCUCUGGAAUGUGGUCUCUCAAACUGUCUUGUAGAAAAUUUGUCCAUUAAAAGUAAGACCCUUUUCAUCUCAGUUCUACAAGGUGGGAGUUUAGCCAGUUUAUGCUGUGUAGCACCUUUGAGCUGGCAAUGAAUCAAAAGUAGGUGUGUCUUGCGUCCUCUGAAUCCCUCACUCGAGUGGUCUGUAU